AUGGAUCCUUUGGGUGCACCUUCCCAGUUUGUGGAUGUGGAUACGCUGCCAAGCUGGGGUGACUCUUGUGAAGAUGAAUUAAACGCUUCUGAUACUGCAGCCGAAACAGACACCAUUAGAUCACCUUUUCUCUUUAACAAGACCGUCAAUGGAAAAGUGAUUCUUUGGAAAGGAGAUGUGGCAUUGCUGAACUGUACAGCCAUUGUGAAUACCAGCAAUGAAAACCUCACAGAUAAGAAUCCUGUGUCCGACAGUAUCUUCAUGCUGGCGGGGCCAGAUCUGAAGGAGGAGCUCCAGAAACUGAAAGGGUGCCGGACGGGUGAAGCCAAAUUGACAAAAGGAUUUCACCUAGCGGCCCGGUUCAUCAUUCACACGGUGGGACCCAAGUACAAGAGCCGCUACCGCACAGCAGCCGAGAGCUCCCUGUACAGCUGCUACCGGAACGUCCUGCAGCUGGCCAAAGAGCAGUCAAUGUCUUCUGUUGGAUUCUGUGUCAUCAAUUCUGCAAAACGAGGUUAUCCUUUGGAGGACGCCACACACAUAGCCCUUCGCACUGUAAGGAGAUUUCUAGAGAUUCAUGGAGAGACCAUUGAAAAAGUAGUAUUUGCUGUUUCUGAACUUGAAGAGGCUACUUACCAAAAGCUGCUCCCUCUGUACUUCCCAAGGUCAUUGAAGGAGGAGAGUCGGUCAUUGCCGUACCUGCCCGCAGAUAUUGGAAAUGCAGAAGGGGAGCCUGUGGUACCUGAACGGCAGAUUCGAAUAAGUGAAAAACCUGGUGCCCCGGAAGAUGACCAGGAAGAGGAGGAAGAAGGCUUGGGAGCCGACCUCUCUUUCAUUGGCUCUCAUGCUUUUGCCCGAAUGGAAGGAGAUAUUGAUAAGCAGAGAAGAUUGAUCCUUCAGGGACAGUUAUCAGAGGCAGCCCUACAGAAGCAGCAUCAGAGAAAUUAUAAUCGCUGGUUAUGUCAAGCAAGAUCUGAGGACCUAUCGGAUAUUGCUUCUUUAAAAGCCUUAUACCAAACAGGUGUUGACAACUGCGGUCGCACGGUGAUGGUGGUGGUUGGAAGAAACAUCCCAGUCACACUAAUAGAUAUGGACAAGGCUCUUUUAUACUUUAUCCAUGUAAUGGACCACAUCGCUGUGAAGGAAUACGUAUUAGUGUAUUUUCACACCCUGACAAGCGAAUACAAUCACCUGGACUCUGACUUCCUGAAGAAACUCUACGAUAUCGUGGAUGUCAAGUAUAAGAGGAAUUUGAAGGCUGUGUAUUUUGUUCAUCCAACAUUUCGUUCAAAGGUAUCAACAUGGUUUUUUACCACCUUUUCUGUCUCAGGACUGAAGGACAAAGUCCACCACGUGGACAGCCUCCACCAGCUGUUUUCUGCCAUCUCACCAGAGCAGAUCGACUUUCCUCCUUUUGUCCUUGAAUAUGAUGCCAGGGAAAAUGGGCCUUUCUAUACAUCGUAUCCCCCAUCACCAGACUUGUGA